AGAAAGGAUCUGUCACUGGCUUUUAUGGAUGGAAAAUUAGUCUAAAGUACAAAAUGGCAAACUACCGCACCAGACUAAGGAGCAUUGGCUGCCCCGAGUUGAGCAUCAAUGCUGUAAAAGAAAAGCGAGGUGCCUUGAUUCAUGGACCUAACCAGGUAAAGAAGCCACGGAAAGCAGAAGUCAACUAUUGUCCUGAUUACCCUGCAGGCGAAACUAAAGAGAGCCUUGAGGAAGAAAGGAAAGCACUUACAUUGGAGGUGAAAAAGAAGAACAACCAACAGCUAAUCAAAAGUAAAAUGGAAAGAACCUUUGCCUAUAGAAGACAGGAAGUCGUUAAAGAUAUGCCCUUCAUAGCGGAGUUCAAAAACAGAUGGCCAGCCCUGUUUUCUGAGAGCCAGGUAAAUGCAGAAUUCACCCUCAUCACCACAGUCCCUCUGUUCUCAACCUUUAUGUCCCGACUGGAUCAUUACUCCAGCCAUCUAAUAAGGGUAUUCAAAAAGAAGGGGGGAACAGCAAGACAUGAUAUCGACAUAAUCAUUGCAGAAAUGGACAAGAAUCCCAGUGUUGAAGUACGACGGACAUGCAUCCUAAAGGCGUUGUGCGUCUAUUUGAAUGAAAAGCCAGACAGCCUUAUUAAGGAGUACUGCGCUAUUGAGGAUAUGACAGAAAUGGAGAGAGUGGCUUUGGGUGUCUACAUUGUUCGACCUGAUGGAGCAGAUGCUACAGAUCCACCUGAGGAUGUUGGCGUCGUCAUUGAAGGCUGCACAGUGCUGCAAGAUCUGAGAGAGAUUGCAAAUGGAUGUGCAGUCCUGUUUGGCUUGAUGUACUGUUUAAACUUGAGUUAUCCCAAGGAGUUGCGAUACACUUUUGAAUUUUUUCAGAAAGUGUUGAUGGAAUUGGAUGGGAACAAGCUCUCCACUAAAGUGCAGGUCCUCAAAAACAAACUGCAUGAGUAAAACCACUUGCACCAGAUAAGACUGGAAAAUACUUUAAUUGACCAUGUUCUUAUUUUUGGACUGCUGCCAGACAAAAUAAAGCUGCGACCAAUGACUGUUUGUAAUAAUUGCCAUUACACGUGGUAAGAUCACCUAAAGCAGACAAAAUUGUAGUUGCUCAUCGACAGUUCUUUUGGAUUUUGGACUGCUGCUAGACAAAACAUCUAGCAAGACAGAAUGUUUGUUGUGGAAAUUGAAAUUUGUUUGGUGAUUUCUAAUUGGAUCAAAAUAUAUUAAAUUGUACAUUGUGCACUGGUGUAGAAAUCUGGAUUGUUUUUUUUUUUUUUGGUUACAUAAACAUUAUACAUAAAUUGAACGUUGUCGGAUGGUAAAAGCUUCACAUACAAGUUUUAUAUUUUUGAAUUUUUAUUUAUAUUUGUUUUUUGAAUUCAUCAAUUUGAUGGGAAUUUAAACGUGCUUAAGAUAUUAAGUUUAUUAAAGUCAGGUGAAGUUACUGAGUUCACUUUACUGAGUUUACUAAGUUAUAAAAAAUGUAUUUGUUUAAAGAGGUAGAGGUUCGGCUCUCCAAAUUUCCACUUAAAUGGAAUGGUUAAAUAUUACGCUACUGCAUAUACAUGAUUAUUUAGCCUCAUUGUGUUUCUGACGGUAAAAAAAGAGGGUAAAUUACUGUAUAUCUCAUUGUCCCAAUGUCAGUGAUGUAUUUUGUGAUGGAAAAAAAAGUUGAGACAUAAAAUCUGGCACAUAGUGGACAUGGAGUGCGCAUGCGGCAAUCAUUUUUCCAUUUAGUUUGUUAGUCUGAGUGUUAUAGUUAAAACAGUUUAUUAAGCUAAAAAACAAAAGGAUUUGCCUCUAUUUUUAUUUCGGCAGGCAACACCUAUAAAAUGUUUAUGUUGUCAAUGUUCAGAUUCACUUUUUA